CCUUGGAACAUUUGUGUCUUUAUCUCUCUAAAAAUGAAGCUUUCUCUGCGUUUGGUCUUUGCCCUUCUCCUCUCCUUCAUCCUCCUCCUCGCCACAGGAAUGGAUCCAGUGGAAGCAAGAACGUGCGAGUCAGCGAGUGGGAAGUUCCAAGGAGUUUGUCUCAACUCUAAAAGCUGUGCAUCUGUCUGCCAGUCCAACGAAGGUUUCUCAGGCGGUCAUUGCAAUAGUCUCCGUUGCUACUGCACCAAAACCUGCUAAAUUUAUCAGUUAAAUAAUCCCAAUAAUCUAUUCUUACAAAAAAAAAAUAACCAACUCAUAUUUUAAUCCUCUUUUUCAUCAUUUACAAGUUUCAUUUCGAGAAUAAUAUAAUAAUCUCGAAAGAAACAAUUUGUUUUGUACUCUGUAUAUAUAGCCAUCUCUAGGUUUUAUAUGAUGUUGGUUUAUUUGUAU